AUGAAUGCCCACUCAGAAGAGCAUGAGUUGCUCUGUGACCACUUGGUUGAGCCGAGGAAUCCCUGGGAUAAUUGGUUGGCCACGGUAGAACUCGGUGGAGGACUGCGAGCUACGUGUGGCGCUGUGGUGGUACGAGAUGCUCCGAGAUUUACGUCCAUCCGUGCUCGAAUUUCAACUACUAUGUCCGAGCACCAAGGCUGA